GUUUGCAGAUUAUCCCCGAGACUCAUUCUACCUACCGUCGAGGGCAACAGUCCAGAAUCUUCUAGCAUCACCCCUUGGCUUACUCGCACGCAUCCGCCAUUUUCACCAUGAAGGCGACAUUCUCUCUUGCCGGCCUCGCAUUUGCCGGUGCCGCCUUGGCCGGCUACUGUAACAACAACUGUGGACGCGCCGUUGCAGGCACUGCCAAGGGUGACACCUAUGAGGCUCGCCGGUCCGAGUGUGCUGCUUUUCUGGCCACGACCACCACGGUCACCCCUACUACUGUCACUGCCACCACCACCCUGGCGCAGGCCCCGGCCGUGACCGAGAGGAACGUCCACGGCCGCCGCGACCAAGCCGCGGGGGCCAACGACGCUAUCCCCACGUUCGCCUCCAUGUGCAAGGACGUGACGGCCUAUUGGAACGCCUGCUACUGCUUCGCCGGCAUGACUUCUACGACGGUCACCGUGACGGCCCCGACCCCGACCUCGACGGUCACCGAGACGCCCGCCCCGCCGGCCGCGCCCACCUGCACCCCGGGCCUCGAGUGGGCUGCCUACUACUUCGACCGCGCCUCGGACAAGGGCCAGAUGCUGUGGCGGACCGCCGCGCAAAGCGUCAACAACCUCAACACCCCGCUGAUCCUCCAGGGCGCGACGCCCCUGCGGACGGGCGUGACUGAGGCGCCUGGAGUCGUCUUCCAGACCAACUACAGCCCCGGCGUGCCCUUCAGCGCCUACGGCAGCCCCAUCCCAGGGACCAACAUUUGGGGCUCGCUCAUUGUGCACCGCGGCUACAUCCGGGCGGGCAGGUCGGGCACGUACAGCAUCUACAUGCCGCACGUCGACGACACGCUGGUGGCGUGGAUCGGCGACCGCGCGCGGUCCGGCUUCACCAUCGCCGACGCCACCUUCAAGCUCAACGAGAAUUCCAUCCCGCCUUCAAGGGCUUGGUCCUUCGACCUCGCGGCCGGCGACGUCGUGCCCUUCCGUCUGUUCUGGUCCAACGGCGGCGGGCCGGGCGGGCUGAACAUCCAGAUCCGCGACCCGGCCGGAAACGUCAUCUCCGGCCAGGGCGCUGCCGGCAGCUCCCAGAUCAUCACCUCGUGCUCGGGUGCGGGUGCACCGGCGGCCGCGUCAGCUUGGCCCGCGUGGGAGAGCGAGGUUGUCGGCGGAGUUCCAACGUGAGGUGUGGUGGGAAGCAGGUUCUGUGCUGCUUGGUCUGGCAAAGAGGGGUUGCAUCAUUCACCUCUGAAUAUUAAUAACUAAUUUGGAAUCGUCAAAUUAUGCCAAUCGGUUGUAUCGUUCAUGCUUGAUCGUCACUGAAGUCAUGACGCAUGACGAGAUGAAAGCCGAAGGUUGUGGGUCAACACAAGUUUUUUUUCUUAUUCCUUCCCCACUUUUUUCUUCUUCUUUUUUUUUUGAUAACAAAAAACGUGUCGUCAAAUUAAUAAAUGUGAAAGAAUUCCACGUCGAAAGACUUCAUCCCUA